AGCAGUUCUGUCCCUUCCCUCAUCUCUUUUAUUUAUUCCAUCACUUUCAUCACUUUCACCUUUAUUUUCCCACACGUUCACCCGUCUUUCUUCACACUUUACUUUUUUCACUCAAGCAAACAACAACAGCAGCAGCAAUAGCAACAUCCUUGCAUAUACCGUUUUCUUGUAUCACACAUCAUAGCAAACCAUGAAGAGCUACACUGUCGAGGUCGGACCCCAGGACGUUCAGGGCGAAACUCGGAUCCGUCGCUCAGCCAUCUCCUCUGAAACCCUGACGGAGCGGCCCUCGGACGAUGUCAAGACCAUGUACGACGUGAUCCAGCACUCUGCACGCGUCCGUCCCAAUAGCAACGCAGUCGGAUACCGUAAGAUCCUCAGUGUGAUCGAGGAAGAGAAGGAGAUCAAGAAGGUCGUCCAUGGCGAGGAGGUCACGACCCAGAAGACCUGGAAGUACUUCAAGCUCUCGGGAUACAACUGGUUGACUUAUAAGGAUGUCAAGGUUGUUGUCGAUAGCAUCGGUUCUGGACUGAGGAACAUUGGAGUCCAGCCCAAGGACAAGAUCACCGUCUUUGGUUCCACGAGUGAGAACUGGCUGCUGGUCGCCCACGGCGCAUUCCAACAGAGCGUUACCAUCGUCACAGUCUACGACACCCUCGGCGAGGAUGGUCUGCUGCACUCCAUGAACGAGGCCGAGGUCGCCACCGCAUACACCAACGCCAAUCUGCUCGCAACCCUCACCAACGUCGCUGGCAAGUGCCCGACUCUCCAGCGGAUCAUCUACGAUGGCGAUGCAAAACCACAGGACCUCAAGAACUUGCAGGAGAAAUAUCCACAUAUCAAGGUCAUCACCCUGGACGAAUUGAAGCUGUUGGGAUCCGAUCAACCUGUCGAGGCCGUCCCACCCACGGCCGAGGAUCUUUGCUGCAUCAUGUAUACCUCCGGAUCGACUGGAAACCCCAAGGGAGUGCUGCUGACCCACGGAAACUUGACCGGCGCCAGUAUGUCCUUGACUCUUUUAUGCUUUGUUGGCGGUGUUGAUAUCAUGCUCAGAAAGUACAUUCAGGAGGAGGGCGAUGUCCUGCUAGCCUAUCUCCCCCUUGCCCACGUGCUCGAGUUCCUUGUCGAGAACGUUUGUCUCUACUGGGGCGUUGCCCUCGGUUACGGCACCCCUCGCACCCUCACCGACGCUUCCGUGCGCGAAUGCAAGGGCGACAUCAAGGAACUCUGCCCAACUCUGAUGACAGGAGUCCCCGCCGUCUGGGAGACCAUCCGCAAGGGUGUCCUCGCCCAGAUCAACAAGGGCUCACCUCUUGUGCAGUCCAUCUUCCAUGCGGCCCUCAGCGCCAAAUCGUGGUGCCAGGACCGUAAGCUGAGUGCGCUCUCUGGAGCCCUGGAUACGGUCAUCUUUGACAAGGUCCGGCAGGAGACGGGAGGUCGACUUCGGUAUGCGCUCUCGGGCGGUGCACCGAUUUCGUUGGAGACACAGCGGUUUUUGUCGACGACGCUGUGCCCGAUCCUGCAGGCCUAUGGUAUGACAGAGUCCUGUGGUAUGUGCGCGAUCAUGACGCCCGAGGUCUUUAGCUACAACCGUGUGGGUCUGCCCGUGCCGUGCACAGAAGUCAAAUUGGUGGAUGUCUCGGAUGGGGGAUACCUUUCAACGGACGAGCCAUGCCCGCGUGGGGAGGUCUGGAUCCGUGGGCCGUCGAUCACUUCCGGAUACUUCAAGAACCCUGAGGAGACGGCUGCGACGCUCACGGAGGAUGGCUGGCUCAAGACUGGAGAUAUCGGUGAAUGGCAUCCGGACGGAACGCUUGCGAUUAUCGAUCGCAAGAAGAACCUGGUGAAGCUGUCGAAUGGAGAGUACAUUGCGCUGGAGAAACUCGAGUCGGUGUACAAGAGUACGGCGUACUGCAACAAUAUCUGUGUGUGUGCGGAUCCGAUGGAGUCGAAGCCCGUGGCGUUGAUUGUCGCGAGCGAGCCCCGGGUCCAUGAGCUGGCGAAGGCCAAGGGGAUCGAGGAGCGGGAUUUCGAGAAGCUGUGUAAGAAUGAGGAGAUUGUGCAGGCGGUUUUGGAGGCUUGCCUGGCGACGGGUAAGCGUGCGGGAUUGAAGCCCGCCGAGAUGUUGCAGGGUGUCUAUCUGGAGCCUGAGGAAUGGACCGCGGAGGCCGGGUUCUUGACGGCUGCACAGAAGUUGAAGCGCAAGGAGAUCAAUCACGCAUACGUUGAGCAGAUCAAGGCCAUCUACAGGUCUAGUUAAAGACGGAUAGACAGACGGAUAGACAGACAGACAGACAGACAGACGGACAGAUGUAGCUUUGGCAUUGAAGCAGAUGGAGCCAAAGAUAAAGAAAUACUUAUUUAUACCCCCCAGCCGU